GAAGAUCCGUCCCUCAAAAUUUCACACCCAACUUUCUAGCCUCAUGUUCCUCCGCCUUCACUUUACAUUCACAUUAUUUACUAACUCAACACCAGCAACAAUAAUAAUCUAUCACCUCACCAUUUAGCAACAACAGCAUAUUCUUUCCAAUCUCCUUCCAACACAUACUCUCACACGCACGCAUAUCCAUUCGUUCCUUUCACUCUCUUUCUCUCGCAUGGCUUCCAUGACCGCUCCAACCCUCACCUUCCCUAAUCAGAAGCUUGCCGUUCCGUUUCCCGCGCGAACGCCGUCGCUCCUUCCUUUAUCUUCCUUCUCUCCCUGUCGCUGCAUCUCCUCCGACGACCGCAGCGGCGCCAAACGCGGUUGGGAUUCCGUGUUGCACCACUUCUCCGAGGUCGCGAAGCGCGUCGAUUCUUACUGGAAGUCCUUCGGGGACGCCGUCGAAGAUCGUAGCCGCGCGGCUGGCCACGAUGAGGAUUGGGAUUGGGAUCGGUGGCGCCGGCAUUUCGAAGAAAUCGACGAGCAAGAGCGUCUCCUCUCAAUUCUCAAGUCUCAGUUAAGUCGGGCUGUGUAUUUGGAGGAUUACGAAGAUGCCGCCAGGCUAAAGGUGGCUUUUGCGGCUGCAGCUAACAAUGACAGUGUUGGAAGAGUGAUGUCUUAUCUCAACAGAGCCAUUAAAGAGGAGCGGUAUGGUGAUGCAGCUUUCUUAAGAGAUAAAGCUGGCGCUGGACUCGUGGGAUGGUGGGCUGGUAUUUCUGAAGAUGUUAAAGAUCCACAUGGUCUAAUUAUUCGUAUAACUCCUGAGCAUGGAAGAUAUGUGGCAAGGAGUUAUAGUCCUAGGCAACUUGCAACAUCUGCAGCUGGCAUUCCUCUAUUUGAAAUUUUUCUUACAAUGGAUAAAACAGGUGAAUUCAAGUCACAGGCGGUGUACUUAAAGCGGAGAGGGGCCUUCCAUGGACCCCCAACAGCGUCUUCUAAAACAUUGGAUGCUACUGGGAGACUGAGUUCAACGGAAUCUACUGAAGACAAAAGUGAGUUGUUUGUUGUGAGUACUGAAGAACCAGAAAAUGGUGAUGAUAGGAAUGAUGGCAAUGAUCCAGCGGAGGGAAUGCCUGGAUUUCAGAAUGUCUUGAAAGAUAUGAUUCCUGGAGUAAAGGUGAAGGUUUUCAAGGUCAUAACUCCAGAGAAAGUAGACACUGAUCUAUCUGAUGUGAUUGAGCAGAUAAUUGAGGAUGAAGAUGAAGAUGAAGAUGAAGGAAGUGAUGAAGAUGAAGACGAAGAAGAUGAUGAUGAUGAAGACGAAGACAGAGAGAAAGAAAAAGAUGUAGAAAAUCUAGAACUUGAAGAUAUUAAAUCUGAGACUGAGCAGGAGGGAGAUGAUGAGAUUGAAGUAAACGCUGGUAUGGGAACUUUUGAGCGUGAAGAACAGAAUGAAUUUGCUGUUAAAAUUGCUAUUGGUGGUCUUGUGCAGAAACUUUCAAGUAAUCUAUCCACUAGAGAUUUGCUUCGAGUUCCUGCUAAGCUGGAUAUGAAGGGGUGUAGUUCAUUUUCAUUUACUGUUGAAAAAGAAGUCAAUCAGCCUAUUGGUCUUGACAAAGGAAAAUCUUCAUCUGAUAAAUCAGCUAAGUUUCAAGGUCGUCGCAAAGUUGAUCAUGUGAUUUUUGACUUUGCUAAAUUUAUUGGCAGGGGGAAGAUACCCUCAAAGGUGCUGAAAGAGGUGGGAGAAUUGAUAAAUCUCACACUAAGUCAGGCUCAAAACCAUCACCAAUUAUCCGGGUCAACUAUUUUCAAUCGCAUCAAAAUACCAACUUCUUUUGAUCCUUUAAAUGGUCUGUACAUUGGAUCACAUGGACUUUACUCCUCUGAAGUUAUUCAUCUAAGACGUAGAUUUGGACAGUGGCAAGAGGACAAUGGAGCCAAGGAACCUUCAGAUCUUGAGUUUUAUGAGUACGUAGAAGCUUUAAAGCUAACAGGAGAUCCUUAUGUACCAGCCGGCCAGGUGGCAUUCCGCGCAAAAAUUGGAAAGAGGUAUCAACUACCUCAUAAAGGGAUAAUACCUGAAGAGUUUGGUGUGAUUGCUCGCUACAAAGGCGAAGGGAGGCUGGCUGAGCCAGGGUUUCAAAAUCCCCGAUGGGUUGAUGGUGAACUUGUGAUUCUCGAUGGAAAGCACCUAAAAGCAGGCCCAGUUGUUGGAUUUGUGUACUGGGCCCCUGAGUACCAUUUUUUGGUCUUCUUCAAUCGGCUCAGGCUUCAACAAUAGGGUUUUGUUCAUAAUGUCAGAGACUUGUAAAUUCUUUCUUCAGAUUCUCAGGGUUCUAGGUUUUUUGGAAUGCUAAAACUGUGCUUCAAUGGAAGAUAUCAUCAAUCACUGCAGGGUUCCAUUUGAGCUUUAAAUAUUUUAACCACUAGCUUUCUGCCGAGUAGCAGAGACUGAGCAAUGGGCUGCUUGUCUAGAACUCAGAUGACUGGUAUCUUAAGCAUUGGUAGGUGUAGCUUGACUAACUAUAGACUGAAGAGGGAUUAGUAAUACCAGCACCGAAGCACAAUGUACUAGUCUUCAUUCCAUCAACUUUGUACAUUGUUCCUAGUUUUUCUUAUAAGUUAUAUAUGUAUCAUAAAAUUCAUAAUAUCAUUGUUCUUUCUGUUACGAUGAGAUUUUCAUCACAAUUUUUUCUUCUUACUUUGAAUCCUAUUAUGAGGUUUUUGGCA